UUGCCUUGUUGAAAAAUGGCUGAAGAUAUUUCAAAUUUCCUGCGGCAGGUGUCUGUUCCUGAUAAAUUUGAAGCUACAAGAUCAGAAUUGAAUGGUUUUGUGGAGAGACAAAAGCAGAAAGGAAGAUUGGUUGUUCUCGUGACUUCUGGUGGAACCAAGGUACCAUUGGAGAGCCGCACUGUACGCUUCCUCGACAACUUCAGUAGUGGAACAAGAGGAGCAUCAUCAGCUGAAUAUUUCCUCCAAGAAGGCUAUGCUGUCAUCUUCCUUCAUCGCAGUAGAUCCAUGAGACCUUUUCUGAGACAUUUUUCAAGCCUCAACUAUCUGGACUUAUUAGAGUUCAAGAACAGUACAGAUUCCAGAUCACAGAUCCAAGUUAAGGAAAACUUUGAGAAGAUGGUUGGCUCCCAGCUACAGAAGCACCAGUCAGCAGUGAGUGACGACCGUCUGCUGGGUGUGGAGUUCCAGACCUUGUCGGAGUACCUGCAACUACUGCACGCCGCCUGCCAGGCUGUCAAUAACAUGAACAACAAGGCUAUGCUCUAUCUGGCCGCUGCUGUGUCAGACUUCUACAUUCCAAAAGAACAAAUGCCUGAACACAAAAUUCAGUCUGGAGAUGGUCCCUUACAGCUGUCCCUUGAGAUGGUCCCCAAGAUGUUACAGCCUCUUGUCAAAGAAUGGGUACCUGAUGCCUUUGUUGUCUCGUUCAAGCUUGAAACAGACCAAGAACUUCUGGUAAAAAAAGCACAACAGGCUCUGGCGAAGUACUGUCACCAGGUUGUGGUUGCUAAUCUUUUGGAAACAAGAAAGAAGGAAGUCAUAGUUGUCACCAAAGACACACAUAAGGCGAUAAAACUGACCGAUGGUCAGCUGGACAGUGGUGUGGAGAUCGAGGAACAUAUCAUCAAAGAACUGCUGACAACUCAUUCUGAUUUCAUACACAACAGGCCAGCACUUUAAUCCUUACUUAUAUAGAUAGAAGUGAAAUUUUAACUUAUUUCCAAUGGCCAAAUAUAGAACUGUACUUGUUUCAGGAAAAAGGGACCCCACCCAAAGGUUGAGGCUGAACAUAAAUGAUAAUCGGUAUAUAAUAUUCCAUAUGACUACAUGUACACGCUUAAAGUAUGCACCUGUAACACUACUUGCUCCGGUGACAUUGAUAAAUAUUAAGCAACAAUUAGUAACAGUUUUUCCUGUUUUUAUGUUCGCAAACAGGCAGAUGAUUUGUGUCGGUUGACUCAGUGAAAUUAUACAAUCCUUUACUGUACUUACAUCUUUGGUUUACAAAUCAGGAGUGUAAACACACAGCUUAGUUAUACAGAACGACAGUUAAAGCCUGAUAGUUGAUAUUGUACAACAAAAGUAAACACACAGCUUAGUUAUACAGAACGACAGUUAAAGGCUGAUAGUUAAUAUUGUACAACAAAAGUAAACACACAGCUUAGUUAUACAGAACGACAGUUAAAGCCUGAUAGUUAAUAUUGUACAACAAAAG